AUGGACAACGAGCAAGCUACAUUUUGGUUGUCGCAAUUUAUUGGCAAAAACCUGCGCAUUCAUGCUUCCGACGGGCGCGUGUUUGGUGGCCAGAUGAAGUGCACAGACAAGGAUCGGAACAUCAUUCUUGCACUUGCGUAUGAGUACCGUGCGCCAUCUGCUGAGGUGAUUCGCAAAGCUGUGGAGGAGUCGGGAGACUCGUCUGCAGCCGUGGCAUGGAACAGCCGCUAUGUGGGCCUGGUAGUUGUGCCUGGACAGCACGUCAAGAAAAUCGAGUUUGAAGAGAGCACGCUGCCAGGCCAAAAGAGUGGGGUCAUCUUGUGA